AUGGCCGCGCGGGACCGAUCUCGCUCCGCAGUGGUGCGCGCGUCCCCACGUCCUGCUGCGGCCACCGUGAAGGCCUUCGACGAGAAGGACCCAGACCAAGGGGGCAGCAUUCUCCGGAAGACGGCAUCCAUGGUGGAGAACGGGUCUCCCAUGCACAUGUCGAGGAGGAGCAAGUUUGUUUGGUGUGUGAAGUCGAAGUUCGCGCGGCCAGAUGGGUCCAAGCUGUACUCCUACAACCCGGAAGAUGCCUGGCAGGACCCACGCGACACCCAUCGCGCCGUCACCAACACCAUUGUUUGCCAAGUCUGCGGCGCGCCUCUUCGCAAGAUCUUCUACCGGAUGAGGUGUUACGAGAGGAGGAGACUCGGCGAAAAGGGCGCCAGGCUGCUGCAUCCAGAGAUUUUCAUCGCUGGCCAGUAUUGCAUGCGCGCUUUGCUUGGCAGGGCGCGUCCACGGACACAGCGGCAGCAUCACCAGGAAGACGACGAUGAGGACGACGACGACGACGACGACCUGGGAUAUGAAGCCACACCCGAAGCUGAGAAGACCGCGCCGCGUAUUUCUGACGAUGGCCAGCGCGUGCCUGUGACCCCCGAUGCUUUGAAGGAGCCGGAGAGUGGCGGUGUGCCGGUCACCCCGCCUCCUCUACUCAAUGAGGUACGGCACUGUGAAACUGAGUCUUCCUCCAGCGACGGCGAGGAUGCAGACGAGCAGAAACCGAUGCGCCUGCGGUCGGGAACGGGAAUUGGCAUGUUCGAAGAGGACGAGUCAGCUGUCCGAAUUGCCCGGCCGACGAAUCGAGACAUCCCCGAGCUCAAGCCCUCCAUCUUUGGUGAUGGCUAUGUCUCCAUGCUGCCACUUGUGGCCCACGAUGCAGAGGACGACGGUGCAGGUGUCUUCAGCAAGCCUCCGCAUCUUCUCUAUCGGACCCUCUGGCCGGGUGUCGAUCGGCCACCCUACGUGGUGGUCAUUCCCAGCUACGGCCGGCCUCAGAGGCUCUGCCAGGAGACACUGUCUCUCCUCCGUCGGCAGCAGAUUCCUGAGCAGCUCAUUGAGGUGUCGCAAGCAACAGGAAUGGACAUGAGAGGAGUUGGUGCAGCCUUGAACACGCUCUUGUAUGUUAUGAUACGGCGUUCUGGCGUGGGUAGAACUCAAGAGCAGCGGGAUUACAUCAGCAAGCAUCAUCCUGAAGGUACUCACAUCGUGUCUUUCGACGAUGAUGUGCCGGAGCUGUUCUGCAAAAUGAGGGAGGGCACCACCCAAGAUACACUUCAGCCGCUACCGCCAGGAGCACUGGAAUGUGUGAUCCACCAUGCGAGAGAUCUGAUGCAUGAGCAAGGCGCAUACAUUUGGGGCUUCUCCCCGAGCGCGAACCCAAUGAAUAUGCGGCGAACGCAUAUAUCAAGGAGAAAUGGCAUGGUCAACGGCUUUGCCUAUGGAUAUCUCAACCGACAUAGCAACGAGUUCCGAUCUGUAUAUGGCUCGCCCACGGAGGAUGUUGAGCGCUCCUGUCGUUUCUUCAAUGCAGAUGGCAUAGUGCUGAGAUAUUCCAUGCACCCGGGUGCAGCGGGGGGGAUCAACCUGCUCUACAACACGGCACCGGAAACUUGGUAUUGGCUGGGUAGGUUCUGCGAGCCGCGUGCUAAGCAGACUGAGCAGGAUCAGCAGGUGUCUGUCACCACUCAGGAGGCAGCUGUAGCAGCAGAGCCGAAGAGGCAGGUCCAGCAGAGCGCAAGCGGCAAUGCAGCGAUUUUGGUCGAGGAUGAGCCUUCGGAAAACUCGGAUGAUGACAAUGUUCAGAUCGUGUCCGUGUCCGCCCCGCGGACGCUGCAUCCCUGGGUAGACAGCCUGGCUGGGGACGAGUCCUCCUUGAGUCCAGAACAAAUGAGGGUCUCGGCCUUUGGUGGCUACGCUCCCGUUUGGAGCAGCUUCUACUGA